UAACGUGAAAACGCUCUACUUUCAAUGAACCUCAAUGGAGACCUAAUAGGAACUCAGAAGAAUUUAGGCUUUUUAUUUCUUUUAAACAUUUACUAAGAUCUUUUUAAAUCAUCGCAAACUUUGUCUGAUAUUUUCAGACACUUUAUUGAAGUUGUAGAAGCAGUUUUGGAACAUAUUUAGAAGUUUCUCUACAGGUGUUUGAAUGAGGAAAUCGUCCCAGGCUAACGUUAUGUAGCAUGCUAAUCUCAGAGACCCACUUGUGAAGUCAGUUAUCAUUCAACACUCUGUUAUAAAUCCGACAGGAAGGUAUGACCGAGUACAAACUGGUGGUGGUCGGGGCAGGAGGCGUGGGGAAGAGCGCUCUCACCAUCCAGCUCAUCCAGAAUCACUUUGUGGACGAGUAUGAUCCAACCAUCGAGGACUCGUACAGAAAGCAGGUGGUGAUCGAUGGAGAGACCUGCCUGUUGGACAUCCUGGACACUGCAGGUCAGGAGGAGUACAGCGCCAUGAGAGACCAGUACAUGAGGACAGGCGAGGGCUUCCUCUGUGUGUUUGCUAUCAACAAUACCAAGUCCUUUGAGGAUGUUCACCUCUACAGAGAGCAGAUCAACAGGGUGAAGGACAGCGACAGUGUUCCCAUGGUGCUGGUGGGGAAUAAGAGCGACCUCGGCACUCGCACAGUGGAGACGCGACAGGCUCAGGAGCUGGCGCGAAGCUAUGGAGUGCCGUUUGUCGAGACGUCUGCCAAAACCAGACAGGGUGUGGAGGAAGCUUUCUAUUCACUAGUGCGGGAGAUCAGAAGAUACAAGGAGACCAACCGCAGCAACAAGAAGAGCAAGAAGAACACUCAGAGACGUUGCAUUAUACUAUAGCAAACCACACACACACACACACACACACACACACCAUGCAGCAGUAUCCCUCGCAGCACUUGUUUUCCUCUCCCCUCACACACUGCACCUCCUCGUCCUCUCUCUCAAUGGAGAUGUCGAGCACGGCGCUCCACAGAGGCAAAGAGAAAUCGAUUUUCACUGCUGUCACAGCAUCCCAACAUUCUCCAUUUUUACACUGUGCAGCGGCUGUGUUUCUAACACUGGGAAUUCACUGUCACGUUUUCACGACUAAACUUGAAACUGCAGGUAUUAGUUACAUGUUUUUAUUGAGUUUAACUUCAGAGCAAACUGUUUUUGAGUCUUUCCAAGAAUCUUUUAAUGAUAAUUCUUCUGAUCGUUCCUGCAGUCAGUGUUUUGACUGACUUUUUAGCUCCUGGUGUCUGCGUGAGAGUUCCAGGGUUCACUUUGGUGCGUCACUGCACUUUGCACUGUCACAUCAGCUGACCCGUUAAUCCAAAUCUGCACCGUUAUUCUCGGACACAACAUGUUUUGAAUGGUUCAAUCUGUGAUGAAUUAUGUGGUUAUUUGGCACAUGUCUGACCUUUAACAUGUAAACAUUGUCAUGUUGAAAUGGAUGCUUUUUUUACUCUCCCGGUAGGUGACCGGUGUUAAACAGAAGAGGAUUAGGGCCUCUGGGGAGGAAAAAAUGAAGGUGCAAUGUUUUCUUUUAUUCUGAGAUUAAAGUCAGAGUUUGAGAUUAAUUCAGAAUUCUGAGAUUAAAGAAAUUAAAGAUUCUGAGAUUAAAGUCAGAGUUCUGAGAAAGUUGGAAUUCUGAGAUUAAAGUCAGAGUCCUGAGAUUAAUUCAGAAUUCUGAGAAUAAAGAGAUUGAAAAUUCUGAGAUUAAAGUCAGAAUUUUGAGAUUAAAGUCAGAAUUCUAACAUUAAAGUCAGAGUUCUAAGAUUAAAGUAAGAGUUCUAAAAUUAAAGUCAGAGCUCUGAGAUUAAAGUCAGAAUUCUAAGAUUAAAUUCAGAGUUCUGAGAUUAAAGUCAACUCUAAGAUUAAAGUCAGAGUUCUGAGAUUAAAGUCAACUCUAAGAUUAAAGUCAGAGUUCUGAGAUUAAAGUCAGAGUUCUGAGAAAGUUGGAAUUCUGAGAUUUAAAUCAGAGUUCUGAGAUUAAAGUCAGAAUUCUAAGAUUAAAGUCAGAGUUCUGAGAUUAAAGUCAAAAUUCUGAAUUUUCUCAGAAAUCUCUUUAAUCUCAGAAUGAUUCGAUAUAUUGCACCUCAAACAUUUUUUCCAGUGGCCCUCAUCCUCUUCCGUAGGUGUCGUGUUUUUAAGUUUGGAAUUUUUUCUUCUCAAGCUUACAACACAUCAGCAAGAUCUUUUUUUUUUCCUCACUUUGACCAUAGAUACACACAAAAUGUGUAACAUGGUCACAUCAGAAACAGAACACGACUGUGGUGCACUUUAUUCACUCUUUAUGUUUAUUGUAGAUUUACUUCAGGUUAGUCAGUGCCAUUUUAAAACUAGACCCAGAUACUGUAUAUGAUUUUAUAUCCAGAGCUAUGAGGAGCUCAAAUAAUGUGUCCACCUGUUUGAAGAUGAAGCUGUUUUGGUAUUUUAAGUCUACUUUUAAUUCAGUUUAAUCCCAGUCCUAGGUUGUUUCCUAAACCACCUACUAUACUAGAAAUGCUGAUUUGGCCAAGUCCAGUAUGUAGUAUGUGAACAAGAGCAAAAUCUGCAGUAUGCCAAAACUCCCCGGCUUUCUCCUGAUUCAGGAAAAUGUCUCAUUAUGCAUCGGACCAGUCUGCCUCGUGUCCCACAAUGCACAGCGCUAAGCUUCCACUUAAUCUUUUUUUCCGUAUUUGACGGGGGGCACUCAGUUUUAAGGUGCUGUGAAAAUGAAUAAUUUCCACAUAAACCACUUCUUAACUUUUAAAUCAUAAGUGGACGCAUGGCCCAGCAUACUGCAAAACAGAUCCAACAGAACAGUCAUACUUCCUUCAAACUCAGUAUGUAGUGCGGACUGCAUUCAUAGGUGGUGUGUAGCCCGAAGUUUCGAAAACAGUCUUAGUGUUUCGGCUCUUAGUUCUACACCUCAAUGUACACACAUACUUCAUGUUAACCACACACAAGCUGAAAUCAGUGUUAGUUUUCAGCUACCAUGCUGGAUUAUAAGGAUAUUCAACAGUGCAUCAUUUUUAUAGCAGUGUUUUGAUUUUUUUUUAUCAACUGCCGUCAGCCUAAAUGUAAAAGAUUAUAAAAAGAAUCUAUUUUUGUAGCCUCACAAACAACAUUCCCUGAUUUUAAAGUAACUGGAGGAAGAAAAGAGUGGUUCAGGUGUUUUUAAAGUUCAGUGAGUUCACUGCCAACAAUCGAUGAAUCAAUCCAGGAGAGAGAACGACUUUGAUGAUAUUUUAAAUGACUCUUCGUCUGGACCUGAUGUAACUUUAAAAAGAAAACUGUAAAAUGCAAAACUUAAUCUGAUCCCAAUAAAUAUUUUACUGACAGAUGUGUCAUCUUAAA